AUGAUCAGAGUUGAGCUUGUGGUAUUGAUGGUUCUCUUCAAAGGAUUGCUUUCAGCUGGAGUUGUAUCAGACAAUUCCACAAUACCUGCUUCUGUAAAUAUUGGAGUUCUUUAUUCUUUCAAUACCAGUGUUGGUAAAAUGGUGAAAACUGCUGUAGAGGCGGCGGUUGAAGAUAUAAAUUCUGAUCCAUCUAUUCUUGCUGAAACUAAGUUGAAGGUAUCAAUGCAAGAAGAUACCAAAUACAGAGGUUUUUUGAGCAUUGCUGAGGCCUUGCAGCUCAUGGCGACACAAACUGUGGCUAUAAUUGGUCCCCAGACCUCUACAACGGCUCAUGUCAUAUCCCAUAUAGCAAAUGAGCUCCAAGUUCCUCUGCUAUCAUUUACAGCCACUGACCCAACUCUCUCUUCUCUUCAAUUCCCAUUCUUUAUUAGAACUGCUUUUAGUGACAUUUAUGAAAUGACUGCAAUAGCAGACCUUGUCAACUACUUUGAAUGGAGAGAGGUUAUUGCAGUUUAUGGUGAUGAUGACCAUGGGAGGAAUGGAAUGGGUGCAUUAGGGGAUAAGCUCGCCGAGAGGCGUUGCAAGAUUUCAUUUAAAGCACCUAUGACUCCUGAAGCAACUAGGGAGGAGAUUACUGAUGUACUUGUUCAGGUGGCCCUGGCAGAAUCCCGGGUUAUAGUUCUUCACACAAGUACUGCUUGGGGUCCAAAAGUGUUAAGUGUGGCAAAGUCUCUGGGGAUGAUGGAAAAUGGGUAUGUCUGGAUAACAACUACUUUUCUGUCUACUUGGCUGGAUAUAGGUAGUCCCUUGUCUUCAGAUGCAACGGGUGACAUGCAAGGGGUCAUUACACUACGCAUGUAUAUACCAGAUUCAAAGCUCAAAAGAUGGUUUGUUUCUAGGUGGACAAACUUGACUACUGGAAAGACUGGUAAUGGUACCCUUGGUUUGAGUACUUACGGUAUUUUUGCAUAUGAUACUGUGUUUGCUCUUGCUCAUGCACUUGAUGCAUUUUUCAAACGAGGGAACCGAAUUACAUUUUCACAUGAUCCAAAGUUAUCUCAACUACGUGGAGACAACAUGCAUCUUGAUGCUGUGAAAAUCUUCAACGAAGGAAAUCUGUUGCGUAAAUUAAUAUAUGAGGUUAAUAUGACUGGUGUAUCAGGUCUAUUCAAGUAUGCAUCUGAUGGAAACCUUGUUAAUCCAGCGUAUGAAAUCAUCAAUGUGAUUGGAACAGGAACCCGGAGGAUAGGUUACUGGUCCAAUUACACUGGAUUAUCAAUUGUUCCUCCAGAAGCACUUUAUUCAAAACCACCAAAUCGAUCCAGUGCAAGCCAAAAGCUACUGCCUGUGUUUUGGCCAGGAGAAACAACCCAGAAGCCCCGUGGUUGGGUUUUUCCGAACAAUGGAAAGAUGUUAAAAAUUGGAGUGCCAAAAAGAGUUAGUUACAGGGAUUUUGUCUCUCAAGUACAAGGCACUGACAUGUUCAAGGGAUUCUGCAUUGAUGUGUUUCUUUCUGCAGUGAACUUGUUGCCCUAUGCUGUCCCCUAUAAAUUUGUUGCAUAUGGGGAUGGUGACAGCAAUCCUAGUAACACUGAACUUGUCCGUCUUAUCACAGCUGGUGUUUUUGAUGCUGCAGUUGGUGACAUCACAAUUACAACAGAAAGGACAAAGAUGGUGGAUUUUACUCAGCCAUAUAUUGAGUCUGGUCUGGUGGUAGUAGCAUCAGUUAAGAAGACAGAUUCCAAUGCUUGGGCCUUUCUGACACCAUUUACACCAAUGAUGUGGACUGUCACGGCUAUCUUUUUUCUAUUAGUGGGAGCUGUUGUUUGGAUUUUAGAGCAUAGGCUGAAUGAUGAUUUUAGGGGAACUCCCAAACAACAAAUGGUCACAAUUUUGUGGUUUAGUUUUUCGACCAUGUUCUUUGCUCACAGGGAAAAUACAGUGAGCUCUCUUGGUCGCUUUGUGCUGCUUAUAUGGUUAUUUGUAGUUUUAAUUAUUAAUUCAAGUUACACAGCUAGCCUGACAUCCAUCCUCACGGUGCAACAACUUUCAUCACCUGUUAAAGGCAUUGACAGUUUAAUAAAUAUCAAAGAGCCUAUUGGCUACUUGCAGGGUUCAUUUACUCGAACUUAUUUGAUUGAGGAAAUCGGUAUUGAUGAAUCCAGACUAGUUCCUCUGAAAACACCAGAAGAAACUGCAAAAGCACUAAAAAAUGGUCCUCAGAAGGGUGGUGUUGCUGCAUAUGUUGAUGAGCGUGCUUACAUAGAACUUUUCCUUUCGAGCCGGUGUGAAUUUAGCAUUGUAGGUCAAGAGUUUACCCGGAAUGGUUGGGGAUUUGCCUUUCCACGAGACUCGCCGUUAGCAGUUGAUCUUUCAACUGCCAUACUGGAGUUGGCAGAGAAUGGAGACUUACAAAGGAUUCAUGACAAAUGGCUUCUGAGCAGUGCCUGCCUAUCACAAGGUGCGAAGCUUGAAGUGGACAGACUCAAGCUGAGAAGCUUCUGGGGGCUCUAUCUGGUGUGUGGGUUGGCAUGUGUGCUUGCUCUCCUCAUAUAUUUUGUUCAGACCAUAAGACAGUACUCCAAGCAUGGCCCGGAGGAGCUUGAGUCUUCUGGCCAUGGCUCAGGAUCUUCACGUCUGCGCACAUUCCUUUCAUUCGUGGAUGAAAAGGAAGAGAUUGUUAAGAGCCGCUCCAAGAGAAAGAAAAUAGGGGGCAUGUCCUACAGGAGCUCAAGGGAGGUUGGAUCAUCCAUCACCUCCAACAAAGGAUAUUCCCAGGCAUCAUCAAACAGAAUUGAUUCAGCUAGUGAAAUCUAA